GCGCGCGGCUUCCAGUUCCAUCUCGGUUUAGCUCCCACAUCUCCAUUCAACCUCCCUCUCUGCUAGCUAGCUAGCUGCUUGAUCGAUCGAUGGCGUCGGCGUCGACCCUGGGGCGGCAGCUGCUCGAGGAGGCGCGGGCGCCGGUAUUCGCGGCGUGGUUGCGUGGUCUGCGGCGGCAGAUCCACCAGCACCCGGAGCUGGCCUUCCAGGAGCACCGCACCUCGGCGCUCGUGCGCGCCGAGCUGGACGCCCUCGCCAUCCCCUACGUCUGGCCCGUCGCACGCACCGGUGUCGUCGCCACCAUCGCCGGCAGCGCCGGCCCCGGCCCCGUAUUCGCGCUCCGAGCAGACAUGGACGCGCUGCCCAUCCAGGAGAUGGUAGAGUCGGAGUUCAAGAGCAAAGAAGACGGCAAGAUGCAUGCGUGCGGGCACGACGCGCACGUCGCCAUGCUUCUCGGAGCAGCCAAGCUGCUUCAAUCCCGCAGGGACAAUCUCAAGGGCACGGUGAAGCUCGUUUUCCAGCCGGCGGAGGAAGGCCACGCCGGCGGUUACCACGUGCUGCAGGAAGGUGUCCUUGACGACGUGGAUGCCAUCUUUGGAAUGCACAUCGACACGUUUUUGCCGGUGGGCACUGUUUGCUCCAGACCCGGUGCGUUCCUCGCCGGAUCAGCUCGCUUCAAAGCGACCAUCGUUGGGAAGGGCGGUCAUGGAGCCAUGCCACACGGCGCCGUCGACCCGGUGGUCGCCGCUUCCUCGGCCGUGCUUAGCCUCCAGCAGAUCAUUGCCCGUGAGGUCGAUCCCCUUCAGGGUGCGGUGGUGUCGGUGACCUUCAUCAAAGGAGGUGAAACAUUCAACGUCAUUCCGGAAUCUGUGACCUUGGGUGGCACCUGCAGGAGUAUGACAACAGAAGGAUUAUCCUACCUCAUGAAGAGGAUCAGAGAGGUGAUCGAGGGCCAGGCGGCGGUGGGCCGAUGCUCGGCAACGGUGGACUUCAUGGAGGAAGAGCUUCGGCCGUACCCGGCGACCGUAAACGAUGAGGGCAUGUACGUGCAUGCCAAGGCAGUGGCAGAGGACAUGCUUGGGGAGGAGAACGUGAGCCUCUGCCCCCAGGUGAUGGCGGCGGAGGAUUUCGGGUUCUACGCUCAGAAGAUCCCGGCCGCUUUCUUCUUUGUCGGUGUCCACCCCGCUGGUGAGGAGAUCAACCAUGUGCACACACCAUACCUGGUGAUCGAUGAGGAUGUGCUCCCCGUUGGUGCCGCCAUGCAUGCUGCCGUGGCCAUUGAGUUUUUUAACAAGCAUACCGUCUCCUCUCCUUCUCUGUCCUGAUAUCUCUGUAUACUUGUAUCGUUAGUACAAAAAGACAUGUCACAUACUAUUUUGCAUCCCAAGCAUUUUUUAAAACAA